AUGGCCCGGCACCGGUUUCCUCCUAUUAGCCUUGGCAGGCCCAAGCAUUGGGUCCUGAAGUCGGCCUCUCCAGGCCCAGCUCCUACCCACCUGGUGUCUCCUCCCCAUGGGCUUAAAACAUCAUCAUGUGGGCCCCUUCAAGGCCAGCUCCUACCUCCCAACGGCCCUCUGGGGCCUAGUUUUGGUCUUCCGUCGGCCUCUCUGGGAGGCCCAACCUCUUCUUCACUACUGGCAGCCUUCCCAUGCCUGGAUCCUCUUCCUGGCCACGUCUAUGGUCCCAUGUUUUGCCUCCCAGAAGACUCCUUUGGCUCUGCUUUUGGCCAGCUUCCUGCAGCCUUUUGUUUUCAGCCCAAAGCUUCCUUGGAACUUUUGGGGCAUCCCUUCUGCUUCUCAGUGGCCUCCACAGGCCCAGCUACCUCCUUACAGUGGUCUCUCCAGGCCCAGCUCUGGCCUCCUUAUCGCCUUUCCAGCAACAGCCACUCUCUGCUGGCAGCUUUGCCAAGCCAAGAUCCUUGGUCUUUCCUCUGUCGGCCCAAAGUGUUAUCAAGUGGGGCUUUCCAGGCCUCUAUUCUGCCUCCUGGUGGCCUUGACAGACCCUGCUAUCUCCUGACAUUGGCUGCUCCAGGCCCAGCUCUGGACUUCCCACAGCCACCCCAGCACCAGUUGCUGCCUGCUCGCGGCUUCCCCAGGCCAAGAUUCUGCCUGCCUGCCUGCAUCCCGGCUGCAUCCACAGGCCCAGCACCUCCCUCACACUGUCCCAUUGAGGCCCAGCUCAUGCCUGUGACAAACCUCUCCAGACCCAGCUUUCACCUCACACUGGCCUCGAGUCUAGGCCCAGGUCCUCCCUCGCAGUGGCCUUCUUCAGCACAACUCGCCUAUCACGGACUCUCCCGGGCAGCUCCUGCUUCUUGGUGGCUUCUCCAGGCCUUAAGCUUCCUCUCUGGGCCUGGCCUCACCAGGCCCAGCUCCUGCCUGUGCCAGGCCCCUCCGAGCCCAGCCUCCACCUUUCAGUGGACCCUCCAGACCCAGCUCGUAGCAUCACCGUGGCCUCUGCUGAGGCCCAGCUCCAUCCUCUGGGCCAGCCUUUAUUCUCAGGCCUGCCCCCGGCCUUCCCAUGGCUCCUUCGGACCAAGCUGGUGCCUCCCGGUGGCCCUCCCGGGCCCAGCGUUGGCCUUCUGGCAUCCUCUCUGUUUCCAGAAUGUCUUCAGGUCGGCCUCUUUUGGCCCUGCUGUGUCUGGAAGCCCCAGGCUUUCCUUGCAAGAAGCAUCAUAGGCCCAGCUUCUUCCCACCUCUCGGUAACUUCUGUACACCUCAGCCUUCCUCAAAUGGACUUUUCAGGCCCUCCUUCAGGCUCCUGGUGGUCCAGACAGACACAGCGCUUUCCUCAAAGCAGUCUAUUAAAGCCUAGCUAUUAUCUCUUGUGGGCCUUCUGAGACUUAUUUAAUACCUGUUUUUCAACCCUUUUGGCAGGUAUUUCUUUUGUACACACUGGCGUUUCCAAGACCAUCUCCUUAGUCACGUCUGCCUCUGAAGAUGCAACUUCUGUUUUGCCAUGGACUUUUUUUACCUCAGUUCCUGCCUCACGAUGGCCUCUUCAGGCUUUUCUUUUGCCUCUUAAUGGACACUCAAGUCUCAUCUCCUCUCAUGGUGACUUUUUCUGCAGUGCACUUGCGUUAUAAUGGACUCUUCUCGAGCCAGCUAUAUAUGUCUUUGAUUUUCAACUGCAUCUAGAAUCCCAAAGCUUCCCUGGACUCUCAUGUGUUUAGUUCCUAGCAGUGUGCCUAGACUAAAUGCCUAUGUCUCCUUUUAAUCUUGAAAGUGUAUUUCUGACUGAUUUAUAGUAAA